AUGGAUGCCAGAAACACCAAGAUGCACACAGAGGGUAGGACCAAGGUUCCAGGGGCCCAGUCAAGUCCCAGUCUGAGGAUCACCAGAAGGAUGGCGGGUGUUGAGCCCACCAUAUCAGGAGUCAGCCAGGUCGUGUUUCCAGAUGCUACAGAAGUGGGCAGCGGGAAGCAGCCCUUAUCAGCUCCAGGAAGGCCAGAGAAGGGGCGUGAACACAGAGAAGCAUCCGAGGAGGGGCCCCCAGACCUCAGGACCCAGGAGCAGAAGCCUCCAGCAAGACGAAGGAAGAAGCAGUCAUCGUGGGCUCCCCAGGAAGGGCCUGGGGAGCUGCAAGCAGGCAAGCCUGAGAAUGAGCUGGAGUUGCUACCUUCCAGGGUUCCUGCCGUACCAGAGGGGCUGCAGCAGCCAGGCUUGGGGAAAGAGACUGAGGACCAGCAGGUGAAACAACAACGGAACCCGAGGACUCCAAAGGGUCAGCCCCCUGAGAGCUGCCAGGGCUCUGAGCAUCACUCCACCCUAGAUCACAAGGCAGCAAAUGGGUCAGACAUGAUGCAGCCAACAGAGCCUUGUUCCACCUUGGACAGCUGUGGACAGCCCCUGGGAGACAAGCCCUCCAAGGAGGCAGCCAACGCACACAGCAGGCCCCAAGGAGCUCUGCCAGAGCCUGGCCCAGGGGAACAGGAAGAAAGCUCCCAGGAAGCACGUCCUCUAAUGCCCAUGGCGACUCCAGAGGAAAAGACAGCCAACCACUUCCUGCCAUCCAUGCCAGGACCUAAAAUACCCAAAGAAGGGGGCGAGGCUGUGGAGACCCAACCAGCACAGGCACCUCUUCUUCUGUCAGAGGUGAGGGAUGCUGGAGAGAGGCGGGAACUGGACUGUGUGCAGAGGCAGCUUCAGGAGCCUCUGGUGGAUGCAGGGACUCAGAACCUUGGCAGCCUCCGGCAGGGCUUCAUGAAGUGCUUGCUGGAGGUAGAGGAGGCAGAGACCACCCAUCGGAAGACCUCAAAGGCCCGGGCGUCGUCAUCCCGCAAGUCGCCCAGGACCCUGAUCCCUGUGCCCACUGCAGUCCCUCUCAGCAACUCAGCCCCAUGCCUGCCGUUGACCCUGCCUCAGACCCCCUCUUCAUCUCCUGCCACUGCUCCACCAUGGGACUGGCCACCAGCCCCAGGGCCAGUCUCUGUCCCUGUGGGAGCCCCUGUCCCAGCCUUAGUGCCUGGCCCAGUACUGCCAGUCCCCGUCCUGGACCUGGGCUGGAGAAGGACAGAAUUCUUGUACCAGAGCAGCGAGAAGAAUCUGAGCUACUACGCCAAGGCACGGCAGGAGCUGGAAGAGCACAGCCUCCGAAAGGUGUAUCAGAACUGGGAGGAGAGACCCGAGGAACAUCUCACCCUGCAACAGGAGGAAGCCUUCCGCAGCUAUUUUGAGAUCUUCAAUGGCCCUGGCGAGGUGGACGCGCAGAGCCUGAAGAACAUCCUGUUCCACGUGGGCUUCUCCCUGACGCCGGACCAGGUGAAGGCUGCCCUGAUGAGUGCUGAUGUCGAUGGAGAUGGUCACGUGGACUUCAAAGACUUCUUGGAUGUGAUGACAGACACCAGGCGCUUCUUCUGUUCUGUGGAACAGAAUGCCCUGAUGGACAUGGCUCUCCCAAACCCCCACACUCUACUCUUUGAGAUCCUGUCCCUGCUGGUGGAGAUGCUGGCUUUACCAGAGGCAGCCUUAGAGGAAAUUACAAACUACUAUCGAAAGAAGCUGAAGGAAGGUUCCUACAAGGCCCAAGAGAUGGCAUCAGCCAUAGGCCAGCUGCGGUUGAGGAAGAAGCUUCCCUACAAUCCCCAGCAGGCAGAGAGCUCUGAAGUCCCAGAACGAAGGGUCCUCAGGAUCCUGAGCCGACUAAAGGAGCACGACUAUGCUGCCAGCCUGCAGAGCCCCUAUGUCCAGGUACCCUGCAUCCCGCUGUGCCCACGGUUGGAUAAGAAGUCCGUCCGACGGAAGCAGGGCAACCACUACAUGCUAGAGCAGACUGCCCCCACCGACCUGGGUCCUGACAUCGGUAGCCUCUUCUUCCCGUCAGGAUCUCAAGAAGGCAGGGAACACAGCUCUGAUAGCAGAAAGUGGCUCAGCUCUGUGCCGGCUCGAACUCACUGACCGUCUGGAGUCCUGUCUCUAGGCAGCUGUUCAAGGCCUGUAGACAGAUGGUCACCAGGCAGGGGUUAUGGCUGGAGUUUGCU